AUUAAAAAAUAAAAGGCUCAAAUUUAUCUGUUUUGUUUGACAGGCAAGAAUUGACCUCACUUCCUAGUCUCACUCAACCACAGUUGUGUGUUUUUUGUUUUUUUUUUUUCCUGAAGGAAUUUGUUUAUAACCUUCAGUCUCUGGAUCUAAAUCUAAAAGCGGUCCCUUCAAACAGCAAGGAACACUUCUGGGCACUUGAAGAGCCUCAACCAUUUUUUUAACUGAAUAUCUUGUUUCUUGGUAGAAAAAUUUUAACAAUUAUGAAAGUGGCAAUCUACACGCAAUGUCUCCACUUAAUUCUUUUCUUUCUGAUGCCUCUUGAGGACAGAAGCUGAGUGGCUUUAACAUGUUUCGUAAUUGCUUUUGCCCUUUUCUGGAUCCUCUGGAGAGAGGCCAGCUUCAUGUUGUCAUUAAGAUGCAUGCUGAGGCUAUGCAUACACACCCUGCUGCAGCCACAAGCUACUGUGUUGCUUGUAUUGUGGGUCAUCAAAGCAAAUACUUUGCCAUGCCUCAUCUUCUAGAAUGUUCCAUAGAGCACAGGGGAUAGGAUCUGCAGUACAUAUCUUCCCUCUUGGUUUGCUGUCUCUCAAAAAAAAAAAAAAUCAUUGAGAUGCAUCCGAAGUGUUUAUUAUUCCUUCUCCAUGAUUAUCUGUCUAGUUAUAAGUUUAGGAAGAUGCAGUGCUUACCGUCUCCUUUUUGUACAGAUUCCAGAAUCCAUCCAUCUUCUGACUGAAAGAGGCUAUUUUAGAGCGUAUCUGCUGGGCAAAUGAUAGAAUAGCUUUCAUUGUUUAAAGACAUUUUUCUGGCAUUUUCAGUUCUUGAUAACAGCAUUCCUAAAGACCCUAUGGCUCUGGGUGUGUCAAGCAUGUCUCCAGCGUAGGCCACUGAGCAUUUGGGGGGUACAUACAACACCUAUGACUUCAGGAUAUUUAUUAAACAGCCAUUGGUGAUGGGGCCGUGCUUUGUUACUUCACGAUCUCCCUGUCCUUCUCUGAAUCAUUUCAUCUGUGAAUGAUUCUAGGAGCAUUCGGGACAGUAUUGGCAAAGAACCUCUGUUACUUAGGAAUCGUUUGCCAUAUAGAAAUGCUUCCUUUUUUCUGGCCUUAUGGAGAUACAGUUGACAUAUAACAUUGUGUAAGUUUGAGGUGGACAACCUGGUGAUUUGGAAAUGCUUCUUGCUUGCCUCCAUACACUAUAAGUUAAACUCUGUCUCGCAAGGAGGGUUCUAAUGGCAUGAAAAGUGCAUUUCAGUGGACAGUGGCCUGAUGCCCAUUAUACAUCAGCCCACCAGCUGUAACAUCAGCGCCUUUCCGUGAUAACCACAUACAGGUGACACCGAAGGCUUCAUCUCGCAAUAGAGCCUGUGUUACCAGGAAAAGUUAGAUUAGCAGGAACCCGGUUAUGAUUUUCUGAUUGAUCAAAGUCAAAUAGUGUCAUAGUUUGGUUUCAGCUUCAUCGAGAAGUGUGCAGUUUUCAGGAGUGCUGCAGGCCACGUGGCUACAGCUCUCAUGGUGGAAACAGAUUCCAGUUUCCAACUGCUGUCUUUCCCCUCUCUCUCUCUCUCUCUCUCUCUCUCAGGUUCAUGUCUUUGAACAACCUGCCUCUUAUUUUCUUCUCAACAGAAAUAAAUGGAAUGGACUGCUCUGGUCCAUGCAACUUACAGACUUUUGAGACUUAGUCACAGGGGGAGAGAUCAGCCACCACUAAUCUCUAGACCGAUGAACAAAGGAAGGUCUGAGCCCAUUUGUCUUCACUGUGGCCCUGGAAGCAGCCGUGCCCCCACAGUCAUAUGCCUGUGAGCCAGAGGGGGUGCUUGUAUAUGGAUGGCCUUAAAUUAACCAGCGGGGACCAUACUUGACACUGUUCUGCAUGGACUACUUUCACUUGGGAAAUCCUUUUCAUAAUCAGUGCAUAAGCAGUAGCCCUCACUCUUUUUUAAGGUUGUGCCGUAAUUUAUGAAAUAUCUUCCCAUUGACGGACAGUUGCUUUCCAGUCUUUUCCCUUACAAACAAUUCUGCAGCAAAUAUCCUUGUUUGAACAUCUCUGCAAACAGACCUAAGGAUGCAGUACCUGAAGGACAAACUCUUAGAAGUGAAGCUACUAGACAGACAUCAGCGACUGUCCCUCUAAGAAGAUACACCAGUUUGAAACUCAUAAGCCCUAUGGGAUCUUUGCGCCCAUGUUCUUCUCGCUCCGGUUCUCCCAUCUUCCCUUGCAUCAUACCCCACAGCUCUCUUCCGUGGUCCCUCUCACUCCACUGCCUCUCUGUGUUGUCCAGCGUGUCCAGGGUGGCUCUAGGAGGAGGAGGGAGAGUAAGUGGAGAAAAAGAACUGAAAUAGCUCCUCCCAGAAGAAAAGGGAAGCAAGCUUGGCUGCAGACCCCAGUCUUACAAAGCAGCAGCCCUGCCUGGGAGCAGGGUGGUGGCCAGGGCAAUGGUGGGAGCCCCGAAGACGCCCCAUGGCUGCUGAGGGGGCUGCCCGGUCAGGGAGCGGAGUGGCGGGCAUGGUGUGCAGUCUCUGGGUCCUGGUGCUGGGGUCCUCAGUUCUGGCACUGGAAGAGGUACUGCUGGACACCACUGGAGAGACAUCGGAGAUUGGCUGGCUCACCUACCCACCAGGUGGGUGGGAUGAAGUGAGCGUUCUGGACGACCAGCGACGCCUGACUCGGACCUUCGAGGCAUGCCACGUGGCAGGGGCCCCGCCAGGCACCGGGCAGGACAACUGGCUGCAGACACACUUUGUGGAGCGACGAGGCGCGCAGAGGGCACACAUCCGACUGCACUUCUCCGUGCGGGCAUGCGCCAGCCUGGGCGUGGCCGGCGGCACCUGCCGGGAGACCUUCACCCUUUACUACCGCCAGGCCGAGGAGCCCGAUGGCCCCGACAGCAUUUCCGCCUGGCACCUCAAACGCUGGACCAAGGUGGACACCAUUGCAGCGGACGAGAGCUUCCCCGCCUCCUCGGCGUGGGCGGUGGGCCCGCGCGGGGCCGGGCAGCAGCGCGCCGGGCUGCAGCUCAAUGUCAAAGAGAGGAGCUUUGGCCCCCUCACCCAGCGUGGCUUCUACGUGGCCUUCCAGGACACGGGGGCCUGCCUGGCCCUCGUGGCGGUCAAGCUCUUCUCCUACACCUGCCCGUCCGUCCUCCGCGCCUUCGCCUCCUUCCCUGAGACGCAGGCCAGUGGGGCCGGGGGCGCCUCCCUGGUGGCAGCCGUGGGCACCUGUGUGGCUCACGCAGAGCCAGAGGAGGAUGGAGGCGGGGGCCAGGCAGGGGGUAGCCCCCCCAGGCUGCACUGCAAUGGGGAGGGCAAGUGGAUGGUAGCGGUUGGCGGCUGCCGCUGUCAGCCAGGGCACCAGCCAGCCCGCGGAGACAAGGCCUGCCAAGCCUGCCCUGAGGGGUCCUACAAGGCCUUGGUUGGGAACAUGCCCUGCUUACCGUGCCCUCCCCGCAGCCAUGCCCCCGAUCCCGCAGCCCCUGUUUGCCCCUGCCGUAAGGGCUUCUACAGGGCCAGUUCAGACCCCCCAGAGGCCCCCUGCACCGGCCCUCCAUCGGCUCCCCGGGAGCUUUGGUUCGAGGUGCAAGGCUCAGUGCUCAUGCUGCACUGGCGCCUGCCUCAGGAGCUGGGGGGACGAGGGGACCUGCUCUUCAAUGUCGUGUGCAAGGAAUGUGGAGGCCACCAGGAGCCGGGCACGGGCACCGGGGGUGCUUGUCGCCGCUGCAGGGAUGAGGUGCACUUCGACCCCCGCCAGAGGGGCCUGACCGAGAGCCGAGUGUUAGUUGGGGGGCUCCGGGCACAUGUGCCCUACAUCUUGGAGGUGCAGGCUGUGAAUGGGGUGUCAGAGCUCAGCCCCGACCCUCCCCAGGCUGCCGCCAUCAAUGUCAGCACCAGCCACGCAGUUCCCUCUGCAGUCCCUGCAUUGCACCAGGUGAGCCGGGCAUCCAACAGCAUCACGGUGUCCUGGCCACAGCCGGACCAGACCAACGGGAACAUCCUGGACUAUCAGCUCCGCUACUACGACCAGGCAGAAGAUGAAUCCCACUCGUUCACCCUGACCAGCGAGACCAACACAGCCACCGUGACACAGCUGAGCCCUGGCCACAUCUAUGGCUUCCAAGUGCGGGCGCGGACUGCCGCAGGCCACGGCCCCUAUGGCGGCAAGGUCUAUUUCCAGACGCUGCCUCAAGGUGAGCUGUCUACCCAGCUCCCAGAGAGACUCUCCUUGGUGAUCGGGUCCAUCCUGGGGGCCUUGGCCUUCCUCCUGCUGGCGGCCAUUACCGUGCUGGCUGUUGUCUUCCGGAGGAAGCGGCGUGGGACAGGCUACACAGAGCAGCUGCAGCAGUCCAGCAGUCCAGGGCUUGGGGUGAAGUAUUACAUCGACCCUUCCACAUACGAGGACCCCUGCCAGGCCAUCCGCGAAUUUACCAGGGAGGUGGAUCCUGCAUAUAUCAAGAUCGAGGAGGUCAUUGGGGCAGGCUCCUUUGGAGAAGUACGCAGGGGCCGCCUGCAGCCCCGGGGACGGCGGGAGCAAGCCGUGGCCAUCCAGGCCCUGUGGGCUGGAGGUGCUGAGAGCCUACAGAUGACCUUUCUGGGCCAGGCUGCAGUGCUGGGCCAGUUCCAGCACCCCAACAUCCUGCGGCUGGAGGGCGUGGUCACCAAGAGCCGGCCCCUCAUGGUGCUGACGGAGCUCAUGGAGCUGGGCCCCCUGGACAGCUUUCUCAGGCAGCAGCGGGAGGGCCAGUUCAGCAGCCUGCAGCUGGUGGCCAUGCAGCGGGGAGUAGCGGCUGCCAUGCAGUACCUGUCCAGCUUCGCCUUCGUGCACCGCGCGCUCUCCGCCCACAGCGUGCUGGUGAAUAGCCACCUGGUGUGCAAAGUGGCUCGUCUUGGCCACAGUCCUCAGGGCCCAAGUUGCAUGCUUCGGUGGGCAGCCCCAGAGGUCAUUGCCCACGGAAAACACACCACCUCCAGUGACGUGUGGAGCUUUGGGAUAGUGAUGUGGGAAGUGAUGAGUUAUGGAGAGCGGCCCUACUGGGACAUGAGUGACCAGGAGGUGCUAAAUGCAAUAGAGCAGGAGUUCCGGCUUCCCCCACCUCCAGGCUGUCCUCCUGGACUACAUCUGCUUAUGCUAGACACUUGGCAGAAGGACCGUACCCAGCGGCCUCAUUUUGACCAGCUGGUGGCUGCGUUUGACAAGAUGAUCCGAAAGCCAGACACUCUGCAGGCUGACGGGGGCCCUGAGGACAGACCCUCCCAGGCCCUUCUGAACCCUGUGGCUCUGGACUUUCCUUCUCUGGACUCACCCCAGGCCUGGCUUUCGGCCAUCGGACUGGAGUGCUACCAAGACAACUUCUCCAAGUUUGGUCUCUGCACCUUCAGUGAUGUGGUUCAGCUCAGCCUGGAAGACCUGCCCGCCCUGGGCAUCAUGCUGGCUGGCCACCAGAAGAAGCUGUUGCACCAUAUCCAGCUCCUGCAGCAGCACCUGAGGGAGCUGGGCUCAGUGGAGGUCUGAGGCCUGGGCGGGCAGCUGUGAGUGGACGAUGCCUAUGUCCCAGCCCCAGACACAGGUCCAGGGAGUGACCGUGCAACACUAGAGCCCGUCUCCAUCAUGGCCUCGGCAAGAGGACCCCGCCACACUACACCCAACCCUCUGGACACUUCACUCCCUAGUCCUCCGCCCUCCUCCGCCCUCCCCCCCCGCAUUAAAGGGAAAGAAGAAACUUUGCAAGUUG